AUGUCAAGCAAAAUUGAAGCGCAAACCGAACUGCUGAUUGCACACGCCUUCAUUCCACCUUUCAAAUUUCGCGCGUUCAUUUCUUGUUCGACGCGCACACUCUGCUCCGCAGAUAGCUCACCCUCCGCGCACCCUCUGCUCACCCGCGACUUCCUCUAUCAUAACGCCACUCUAGACCACAGGCGCGGAGGAGGGAGGGGGCGAGGGGGAAAGGGGGCACGGAGGGGGAAAACCGAGGGAGGUGCAAGAGGGAGGAGAGGAAGUGCGAGGGGGGAGGCGGUGGGCGGGGUGGUGGAGGGGACUGGGGCUUGGUGGGCGAUUGGGGGAGGCGCGGAGGGCGGCUACGUGGGAGCAGGAGGACUCGCGGCUGGAGGAACGAGAUGGGGCGUGGAGGGGGCCACGGAGGUUGGCGCAAACGUGAGCGGAGCGGCAGUGGCAGCGUGGGAGGGCGGAGGGACGGGCGGAGGAGUGGGAGCGGUGGGCGGAGGAGGGGAAGCAGCGAAUGCAGCGGAGGGAUGGACAGGGUGUCAAACUAUAUUUUUUUAG